AUGUCUGCUACUGCUGGUAGUCGAGCUGCUCGUACCCGUGCCGCUGCCAUAGCUAUGUCUGCUACUGCUGGUAGUCGAGCUGCUCCUACCCGUGCCGCUGCUAGAGCUAUUUCUGCUACUGCUGGUAGUCGAGCUGCUCGAACCCGUGCCGCUUCUAGAGCUAUUUCAGCUACUGCUGGUAGUCGAGCUGCUCCUACCCGUGCCGCUACUAGAGCUAUUUCUGCUACUGCUGGUAGUCGAGCUGCUCCUACCCGUGUCGCUGCUAGAACUGAUUCCGCUACUGCUAGUAGUCAAGCUGCUCGUUCCCGUGCCGCUGCUAUAGCUAUGUCUGCUACUGCUGGUAGUCAAGCUGCUCGUACCCGUGCCGCUGCUAGAGCUAUGUCUGCUACUGCUGGUAGUCGAGCUGCUCGUACCCGUGCGCUGCUAUACGUAUGUCUGCUACUGCUGGUAGUCGAGCUGCUCGUACCCGUGCCGCUGCUAUAG